AUGUGCCUCUGUCGUCUGCUCACGCUGCUGACGGCUUCCACUUUUUAACCUAGGCCUGUGUAUGGCUUCCGAAUACUGCUGCCUCCACCGCCACCCUGCGCCAUGUGCCUCUGUCGUCUGCUCACGCUGCUGACGGGCUUCCGCUUUUUAAACUAAUCCUGUGUAUGUCUUCCGAAUACUGCUGCCUCCACCGCCACCCUGCGCCAUGUGCCACUUUUGGGUCUCCUCACACUGCUGCCAGGUCCAGAGUGUGUCAUGGGUCCCUGUACGGCCUCCCAUUGCUGCUGACUUCAUCGCCAGACUCUGCCAUGUGCCACUUUCAGGUCUCCUUACACUGUUGGUGGGUUCCAUUUUGUGAUAGGGUGCUG